GCGCAACGACUGUCUCCAGCCGCCGCCCAGCUUGGGCGGUGGGCUUCUGCGCGCCGUUCCCAAUCCCCAGGACGCGGGUGAGCUCCCGGCGCGCCCCCGGCCAAAAGACCGCCGCGAUGCUGCCCUGGAGACGAAACAAAUUCGUGCUGGUGGAGGAUGAGGCCAAGUACAAGGCGAAGAGCCUGAGCCCGGGGCUCGCCUACACGUCGCUGCUUUCCAGCUUCCUGCGCUCCUGCCCCGACCUGCUGCCGGACUGGCCGCUGGAGCGCCUGGGCCGGGUGUUCCGCAGCCGGCGCCAGAAAGUGGAGCUUAACAAGGAGGACCCGACCUACACCGUGUGGUAUCUGGGCAACGCCGUCACCCUGCACGCCAAGGGCGACGGCUGCACCGACGACGCUGUGGGCAAGAUCUGGGCGCGCUGCGGGCCGGGAGGGGGCACGAAGAUGAAGCUGACGCUGGGGCCACACGGCAUCCGCAUGCAGCCGAGCGAGCGCGGCGCUGGGGGCUCCGGGGGUCGCAGGCCGGCGCACGCCUACCUGCUGCCCCGCAUCACCUACUGCACGGCGGACGGGCGCCACCCGCGCGUCUUCGCCUGGGUCUACCGCCACCAGGCGCGCCACAAGGCCGUGGUGCUGCGCUGCCACGCCGUGCUGCUGGCGCGGGCUCACAAGGCGCGCUCCUUGGCCCGCCUGCUCCGCCAGACCGCGCUGGCGGCCUUCAGCGACUUCAAGCGGCUGCAGCGGCAGAGCGAUGCGCGCCACGUGCGCCAGCAGCACCUCCGAGCGGGGGGCGCAGCCGCCUCGGUGCCCCGCGCCCCUCUGCGCCGCCUGCUCAACGCCAAGUGCGCCUACCGGCCGCCGCCCAGCGAGCGAGGCCGCGGGGCGCCGCGGCUCAGCAGCAUCCAGGAGGAGGACGAGGAGGAGGAUGAAAAGGAGGAGGAUGCGGAGGAGAGCGAGGGAGGAGCUCCCCAGCGCGAGCGGCCCGAGGUGCUCAGCCUGGCCCGGGAGCUGAGGACGUGCAGCCUGCGGGGUGCCCCGGCGCCUCCGCCACCCGCACAGCCCCGCCGAUGGAAGGCCGGCCCCAGGGAGCGGGCGGGCCAGGCGCGCUGAGAGCCCGGGACCAGGACUCGGGCCCGAGACCCGGCCCAGCAGACUUACUUACAAAGCCGCCAACCCGGCCCUGCCCGCUUCUGCCCCCCCUGGUCCCUUGGCCUGCCGCCCUCGCGGGCUCGGUUGUGGUCGCCUUGCCCCUCAUCCUGGCUCAGGGUGAAGCCGGAUAUGCCCUUGAUUGUUGAGGGGAAGUUCACAUCUUCCCCACGCUCAGAGUUUCCCGGGCCCUCCGUUAUGGAAUUGCCCCCAUGCUUUACACCGAGUCUCUGUCCACAGACCAACCUGCUCUCUUCUUCCAAAAUAGCCUCUCAGGAGAAAGGGGGAUACGUUUGUGGAAACCCUGGAGGGUGGGUUUCAACCCUGGCUACAGUUAAGGUCUCUCUCUCUCUCUCUCUCUCUCUCUCUCUCUCUCUC